UGUACCAUCAUGUCUGCUGCCAAAUCAUUAGUGGAAUCAGGUGUGGCUCUUGCUUGGUUGGCAUGAAAACCUGCAGCCACAUGAGCCCUUUGUGGAUAAGAUUGAAGACCCCUGCAUUAGAGGGUCAGUGCCAAGCCAGUGAGCCCAUUACUACUGCCCAACUUCGGCUUCACCAGCUGUCAAAAAUCUUUGGAAUUCUGGCUGAGUUUUGCAGCAUAGUUCUUUAGACUAAAUACUUGGUGUCACUUAGAUGGCAAUGGAGGAAUACUUAGAGGAGGAAAAAUUACUUGGUUUGGAGAAUGAGAGUAAAGCACUGCGAGGAGGGGAAAAAGGCUACACAGUGUUUUGAGUGAUACCUAUUAAGGCAAGCAAUGCUGACAACUGAAAGCCUGCAUGAAGCUAAUAAGCACCAUGGAGUUCUGUAGAAUUCUACCAAAAAGGGCACUAGUAAUGCAUAAAAAAUACACUCACUGUUCAGAAGAGAUUAGAUUAGAGGAGUUUAUCCCCCAGCUUUGGAAGACAGGAACCUGUAACUCCAACUAUAGGCACAAGCUGCCAAGCAGAUAACUCCAUGAGUAAUUCCAGAGUCAAAAGUAAAGAUGUAAAUAAAAAAAACAAAAAAAAAACAAAAGAGCUUACCAAUGACUUCUGAAUGAGAUGAGAGGUCAACCUUAACAGAAACGUACAGCAAUCUUUGAGUGGCAAACAACGGAGGUCUAUUAAGGAACAGAUGCAAAGAUGCCCAAAGAUGCAAAGUGACCUUUACUUAGCUUGCUUAAUGUAACGCUGAAGUGAUUCUUUUAAAAAUAUGAUUGAUAUCCAACGUGAUUGGUAAAAUCCCAAACUAAGCCCAUUAGUAACCCUGCCUGAAUCAGCAUUUUUACUGAGAAAGUCUUUUUAAAUGAAAAAAGGUAGGUUUUACACUAAUCUAUACACCAAUCUUAAAUAUUUGGAACAGCCAUCCAAGAAGCUAACCCUAACUCUAGACAUCUCAUUUUUUUGAAUUCAGGGGUAAUUUAAUAAACAGUGACCAGGAAGACCUGGUGGGUAAAAUAAGCCUGAAUCCCAAGUGAGUCUAAGAAUAAGUCAGUAGCCCACCGUGGGAGCAGACAGGCUCGCGCUAAUCUUCCCAUGACCCCUUAACCACAGUCUCUCUCUCUCUCUCUCUCUCUCUCUCUGUUCCUCCUCUCUCUUUUUCACUACACCCCUCCCAAUCCUGUCUCUGCGUCACUGGAUAAUUAAACUGUCAGCCACAAACUCUGAGCUCUCAUACUAGGAAUAGUGGAGACACAGUGCAGAAGCGCAGGGUCAAGGAUCCGCUCAGCUUCACUAAAUGGAAAUCGGAUCUGGCUCUCGGGUUCAUCUGGACACCAAAGACCGAAAGUAAAGCGACAUCAGGACGCGGAAGCUCAGAGGCUCAGGAGCAGAAUGUCAGAGAUGGAUGGACCCACUGUAACAGGUGUGAGUGUUUUAGAAUCAGACAAUUCACUCCAUCAGAAGGAGAAAGGGCCUGUUAUUGGUGGUUUGCGUCUUCGAUCUGCUCCUGGAGCUUGUGUGCUCUUCGCUGGUGUUUUGCUGCUUGUAGGCAUUGGAGUGGCCGUCGGUGGAUACUGGCCCCAUCGCAAUCGGAGACCAGUGCCACAUCAUGCACCAUCUGGCCGCACACCCUCAGAAAAACUGAAAUUGGUUGGCCCUAUUAUAAUGGGAGUGGGCCUUUUCAUCUUCAUUUGUGCAAACACACUUCUCUAUGAGAACAGGGACCACAGGCUGAAGCAAGCCAGCCAAAAGAAUGAUACACUAGGGGGACGGCGAAAUUCGAAAGGCUGCUCACAACCUGAAACAGACACCAACACACAUGCUCUGGCCUUAUCUGAACUCAACAUUCAUUGCCUGCAAGGAGGGAUCGCUGUUCCGGCCCUUAAGUGCUCUUCCCCUUCCUCUGCCUCUUUAAACUCCAGUCAGAUGAACUUUGACCUUGCAGAGAGCAGGGAUGCUGUCAUGUUGAUUCCUCCAGUCAUCAAGCUGAACAACUGCCUUACAACGUGCCCAGAUGCCCCGCCCCUUCUGCAGCACUUACCGGCCCAUGGCGAGAAGGACCAGUGUAAAAGGGCGGGGCCAAUAAUAACAGAACAUUCAAGUUUAUCUCUAACGAGAGAAAGCGGGGAGGAAAUGAGUAUGGGACAGUGUGGAUCAAUAAAGUAUACACAGACUGUGGAUAAGUAGCCACAAAGUCGCCCUAUGAUUCAUGUUGCUAUCAUAUUUAAACUAGAAAAAACUCCCUAAAGCAGCCUGGGGUUCUCUGGUUUGUGCCUCUGCAGAAACCCUUAAGGGAUCUAUGUAGUAGCCUACAACAAAGUGUUUCUCAAUCAGCUAAGAAUCUUAAUAUCUUAAAUAUCCAAAGACCCCCUGAAGACCCCUUUAUAAAUAAGUUCAAAUCUAGAACACUUCAGUUCUCUGUCUAGGGAAACCAUAAAAGGUGCAGUUUUGAACCUUAUAACGGAGUCUUUCCCUAUCAGAAAGGAUUCCAAGUAGAAUCCAUUUAGGAGCUAAGAACCUUUAACUAUCCAAAGAAUCCAUUAAAAUGAUUGAAAAGCUCUUUUA